AUGCCGCUGUGGACGCAUUUCGUUAAUACCAAACCGGAGGUGGACGAUAACGAUUUGCCGCUGCCGAAGCACCGCAUUUACGACGACGACGGCAACCUGAAGCCGGGCGAGACGACGCCGCCACGCAACUCCGUCAGCGUCACGAUCAGCAAAGUCAAAGGCCUCCGCGAAAAAGUCAACGCCGAUGACGCCAAA